AUGGCGGCUGUAGCCGUCACACGCCGGAGGCUCUCGGCGCUCCUCCUCUCCUCCCGCGCGAUUCCCCGUCGCCUCCUCCUCCUCACCGGCGCCGCCGCCUCUGCGCCCUCAGCCCACCCCUCUCCGUGGGCGCCGCCGUCGCGAGGGGCAAAGACGGCGCUGCCGGGAAGGCCCGGGUACUCUCCGCUCAACGACCCGUCCCCGAACUGGAGCAACCGGCCACCCAAGGAGACCAUCCUGCUGGAUGGCUGCGACUACGAGCACUGGCUCAUUGUCAUGGAGUUCCCCGCCGACCCCAAGCCCUCCGAGGAAGAUAUGGUGGCCGCCUACGUCAAGACCCUCACCGCUGUGCUCGGAAGUGAGGAGGAGGCAAAGAAGAAGAUCUACUCAGUAUGCACUACAACUUACACAGGGUUUGGUGCGUUGAUUUCGGAGGAGUUAUCAUACAAAGUUAAAGGAUUGCCGGGAGUUCUUUGGGUAUUACCUGAUUCAUAUUUGGAUGUGCCUAACAAGGAUUAUGGAGGUGAUCUCUUUGUAGAUGGCAAAGUCAUUCAUAGGCCACAAUUUCAGUUCACUGAGAGGCAGCAGGUAAGGAGCAGACCUCGUCCCCGCUAUGACAGGCGACGAGAGACUAUGCAGGUUGAGCGAAGAGAAACUAUGCAGAGAGGUCCUUCAGUACAAGAGCACAGACCUCCGUUUUCUAAGCAGGUUGCUCAAAAUAAUGGGCAGCAUGAAAUCGUACCGCCAGGAAGGAACUAA